ACUCAGACUCAAGUACAUCCACCCUUAAAAGUGUGGCGGGCGGCGAUCGGAGUCUUUUGCCCGUCGGCUGCCCCACAUCCCCUCUCCCGCAUUCUGGCGACAGCCUUCAAAGGUGAAUCCGAAUAAUCAAAGCUAUCAUUCCGAUAUCACAUCCCGCAAAAUGCAGUUGGGUCUCUCGGAGGGCCUGUCCUCUCUCGUGGCGAGACGGUUCGUCGCUGCCAAAGAUGCUGGCCACCUGAUCUUCUCCUCGACGCAUCGUGCGACUAUUUACGCUUCAGGCCUCCCGUAUCAACUUCGCUACUGCCCAGCACUUGCGAAGAAACCCUCAGGCGCGCCCAAGGCAGAUAAAGGUCCCAGUGGACCGAAACCCGAUCCCUUCCAAGACCCGUCUCCCGAUCUGUUAAUCGCCCAGAUUCCCCGUGAGAGCCCGUCGCACAUUCUGGUCUUGAACAAGUUCCCCGUAAUUCCGGACCAUUUCAUCCUUGCAACAAAGGCGUGGGCGUCGCAGACAGACCUUCUCGACAAGGAAGAUCUAGCGGCCGCAUAUUCCUGUAUCAAGGCAUGGGAAGAGGGAGGCCAGCCAGAUGGCACCGGGAGCAAGAAGCUCUUUGCGUUCUUUAAUUCUGGAGAGGAGAGUGGUGCCAGCCAACCUCACCGGCACUUGCAGUUUCUUCCUGUCGAGGCCAUGUCACAGGGUGACUCGGGGAACUGGCAGCCCUUGAUUGAUGCCGUCUCCUCGCAGCCGGCAUCCAGCGGGUCGGAAUUCCAGCACCUGGCUCAGGUGCCUUUCGCGCAUUUUGCUCUUCCUUUGCCCCCGAACCCAUCGGGUGAGACCCUCCAUAGAAUCUACUUGUCUUUGUAUAGAGUGGCAGUAGCAACGGCAAAGGGGGGUCUGCGUGAUGGUGCCCAUGAGGUCACUGGGCCUGCCGCUAUCAGUUACAAUCUUGCCAUGACGAAUUCAACGAUGAUGAUCUGCCCCAGACGAAGUGAAAGCGCUCGGAUUCCUGUUGACUCAGGAGCAACAUCAGAUGUUGCCGAGGCUGGCAUUGUCGCACUUAACGGUACCGUCCUGGCUGGUACCCUGAUGGUCAAGGCUGAAGCCGAAUGGGAUGAGUUGCGCCGCAACCCGGCAUCACUAGGUAAUGUUCUUGCAGCGAUCGGAUAUCCUCAACCGGACGUGCGGGAAAUUUCUCUUUUAUAGCUGGUAUGGGUGCAUCGCGGUUCGCUUUAGAUAUUCAAUAGUUAGCAAGAGCAUGUCCGGGGUGUCUGUGAAGCGGGACUGCUUGACGGGGUUUGGAGUGGAGAG